AUGAGUGACUCGGAUGAGGACGAUCUGGGCUUCGUUCCUGGAACUGUAGUAGAAUCGUCCAAAAAUAAAUAUGUGAUUGUAAAACUACUUGGAGCAGGAGGAUUUGGAGCAGUCUACAGGGUACAUGAUCAGAAAGAUCCGACAAAAAUGUUUGCAAUGAAAGUUGAAAAGAAAAUAGAGACAAGAAAGCACUCCAAGCUUAAAAUGGAGAUUGCAAUUUUAAAACUUGUGUCCAACGAGCGGCAUCAAUCUCAUUUCACGGCAAUUAUCGACAGAGGAAAAAAGGAAACUUAUUUUUUUCUUGUUAUGGAGUUAGUAGGAAAAAGCCUAGCUGAUCUGAAAAGUUCGAGACCUGAAAAGGUGUUUUCUAUAUCAACAGGCCUUGGUGCUUCCAUACAAUGUCUUGAGGCAUGUCAGGAUCUUCACAAGUAUGGAUUUAUACACAGAGACCUGAAACCAGCUAAUUAUGCUAUUGGAUUAGGGGAGAAAAAAAGAGUGGUGUACAUUCUGGAUUUUGGAAUUGCUCGGCGCAUCCUGAAUGAUAAGAAUGAGCUAAAAACGCCACGCGUUUCUGUACGCUUUAAGGGGACAAUUCCAUUCGCUUCUAUAGCAUGCCACAAAGGCAUUGAAAUGGGGCCGAAGGACGACUGCGAAUCAUGGUACUACCUGAUGCUGGACCUUACUGUUCCAGGAGGUGAAUCUGCUCAGCCAGGUUUGAUUUGGAAAAGAAUGGCCGAUAAAAACGAAGUCUUAAAGGUAAAGGAGGAGUGCAGGACAACGAGGAAGGAUGCAAUGCUUGGCCACUUGAAAUGCAAAGAAGAGCUUUGGCGUGUUAUUGAGUAUAUCGACAAACUUCACUACCACGACCAUGUGGACUACAGUUAUAUUUAUAAAUUACUUGAAGAGGGUGCACUUCAAGCAGGCGGGAAUGUGAAUAAUCCGUAUGAUUGGGAAGUUGAAGCAUUAGGCUAG